CGCGUGUAAUGGGGGGGAAAGAGGCGUGAAGCCCAAUCGCAGCGCCAUCACACUUGAGGGCAAAGAGGUUAGGAAGCCGGCAUGGCGCUCCGGUCAAUAAAAUCGAUAGCUGGAAGCUGCCUGUGUUCCAGGCUAAGGCGGUGCGGUAGCAGCGCCGCCAUCUUCCCCGAAGGCAUCUUCCGGUGCCUUUCACCCAAGUUCGGGCAGGAGUUUCCUGAAUAACAGCGAAAGGUUUCCGUUAGCCCGGCAAGGCGGCCGAUUCCUAUUCCCUCCGGGCCUCCCCAGGCACGCUCAGCCCCGGUCCGGCGGGGAUUCCCAAAUCUCCGGGUCCGCCAGGGGUCCAGGCCAAGACGGGGAAGGCCGUGGCGCCGGCUCCUGGGGUCCAAUGGCGCCACCUUCGGCUCCCUUCUCUGCGCGGGGACCAGGAGAGGCCAGACCUGGCCGGAGAAGGGGAAGGAGGCCGAGGGCGGUGAAGUUCGCAGACGUGGCCGUGUACUUCUCCACAGAGGAGUGGGGGUGUCUGCGCCCCGCGCAGAGGGCCCUGUACCGGGACGUGAUGCGAGAGACCUACGGCCACCUGGGCGCGCUCGGGUGCGCAGGUCCCAAACCAGCUCUCAUCUCCUGGUUGGAACGAAAUACCGAUGAUUGGGAACCGGCUGCUCUGGAUCCGCAGGAGUGCCCAAAGCGGGUAACAGUCCAAAGAAAAACCAGAACCAGGAAGAAGAAUGGAGACAAGGAAGUAUUCCCACCUAAGGAGGCACCCCGAAAGGGGAAGCGAGGGCGGAGGCCCAGCAAGCCCCGGCUGCUCCCCAGGCAGACGUCGGGAAGCCCCAUCUGCCCUGACUGUGGUUGUACCUUCCCUGAUCAUCUGGCCCUGGAGAGCCACAAGUGUGCCCAGAACCUGAAGAAGCCUUACCCUUGCCCAGACUGCGGGCGCCGGUUUUCCUACCCCUCCCUGCUGGUCAGUCACCGGCGGGCACACUCUGGGGAGUGUCCCUACGUUUGCGACCAGUGCGGCAAACGUUUCUCCCAGCGCAAGAACCUCUCGCAGCACCAGGUCAUCCACACCGGCGAGAAGCCCUACCACUGCCCCGACUGCGGCCGCUGCUUCCGCAGGAGCCGGUCCCUGGCCAAUCACCGGACCACGCAUACAGGCGAAAAACCCCACCAGUGCCCUAGCUGUGGGCGUCGCUUCGCCUACCCCUCUCUGCUCGCCAUCCACCAGCGCACGCACACCGGGGAGAAGCCCUACACCUGCCUGGAGUGCAGCCGCCGCUUCCGGCAGCGCACCGCCCUCGUCAUCCACCAGCGCAUCCACACCGGCGAGAAGCCCUACCCGUGUCCAGACUGUGAGCGGCGGUUCUCCUCCUCCUCCCGCCUGGUCAGCCACCGGCGGGUCCACUCCGGGGAGCGCCCCUACGCCUGCGAGCACUGUGAGGCCCGUUUCUCCCAGCGCAGCACCCUGCUCCAGCACCAGCUCUUGCACACGGGGGAGAAGCCGUACCCCUGCCCAGACUGCGGCCGUGCCUUCCGGCGCAGCGGCUCCCUCGCCAUCCACCGCAGCACGCACACCGAGGAGAAGCUGCACGCGUGUGAGGACUGCGGCCGCCGCUUCGCCUACCCCUCGCUCCUGGCCAGUCACCGGCGCGUCCACUCGGGCGAGCGGCCCUACGCCUGCGACCUGUGCUCCAAGCGCUUUGCCCAGUGGAGCCACCUGGCCCAGCACCAGCUCCUGCACACCGGGGAGAAGCCCUUCCCCUGCCUGGAGUGUGGCCGUUGCUUCCGCCAGAGGUGGUCUCUGGCCGUCCACAAGUGUAGCCCCAGGGCCCAAAACUGUAGCGCUCGAUCAGCUAUAGCGGGGGCCAGCCAGAAGGGCGCCGCCCUGUAGUCUGGGAAGGACUGUGACAGUUCAUUUCAUUUCAUUUCAUGGAGGGGCCCAGAGAAGGGAAGGAGAAGCCCCAGGUCAUCCAGGGCACAGUGAGAACAGAAACCCAGGUUCCCUGCGGCAGAGAGCUGAACUUUCUUUCCUCAAUUCCACCACACUGGCUGCCUUACCGGAGGUGUCUAGAAUGGACAGUCCUGUUAGGAGAGGUGACAUCAUUUGGUCAUUUCCCGGCUACCCUAUCCUGAAAGAAUUUCUAUGUGUGGACAUCAGGGCUGAAAGUUCUCGUCUAUUUUAGGGGCUGUUGGCUUUUGCUUUUCUAGUCUGUGCACACAGGGGUUACCUGUCCCCUGGCACAGUCAGGAGAAUCCCAUACUCUGCCCCUCCUCCGUAUGUGGUUAAAACAAAUCAACCUGACUUAGCCCUCUUUUCGCAACACUCCUGCCAAGUGGUUUUUUUUUUUUUUUUUUUUUUUUAAUACCCUUGCUUUAAAACCUCCCUUGAUGGGGAGCUUCCUACCUCACAAGGCAGGUCAUUUCAUUGUGGGAUUGCUCUAUCUUUAGAAGGAUGUUCAGGACCACAUUCUCCUUCCCUGUAAGCCUUGUCCAGAACAUGUAAUACUUCAUCUACAUGACAGCUUUUCUGAUAAUUCUGUCACAACUGCUUUGCCCCACGUUUUCAGGUUAAACAGCAUUAUUUGGUCAAUCAUUCCUUAAAAACAGGGUUUUAGUUCCCACACAUGCUUUCUCUCCAAACAGGUGCCAGGUUUUCAAUGUUCCUGUUAAAGCUGGCACCAUGUGUACACCGCACACUUCCUUGGUCUCUCAGCGGCUCUAGAUUGCACUGGAUUCGGGGGUGGUGGCACUGCACCGGGGCUUCACUGGGUGGCAGACCCCUAAAUACCUAAGCUUUUUUUUUUUUUUUAAACCACAUACUGUGAAGCUAAGUCUUCUGCACCCUGUGUUUGAAAAAUUAGUUCAAGCUGGGUCUGGGACAUAGGCAAAGUGAGCUCUGAGAGAAGACUGAUUUUAAGGAAAAGCAGGGGAGCUAUGGUCUAGCAGCAAGACGCAAAACUGGGACCAGCUUGAACUUGAGAUCUGGGUCUCACUCCUCCCUGAUUUCUCAUCAGAAUAAGGAGACAUCAGCACAGACCUUUCCAUGAGUCCUGAGUCAACAUUUUUCAUAAAAUGGGGUGAGACCAUUCAAAGAGGGUAGAAAAUUAAGUUAUUGAAUACAGAGCGGGAAGAGUCUCCAGGCGUCAGGUUGUGUGCAUGCCUGCCUUCCUCACGUAAGCUCCCCAAAGCAGCAGCAGUGAUGUGUCUUUAUCUUUGAGAUGCGUCCCUGGCGCCUGCCCCUAAAUAGAUGCUCAGUAAAGCUUUACUGCAUUAAAUGAACAAGGCCUACCACUUUGCCUUGGGUAGCUGCACCAACUUGGAAUUUCCAAACAUGACUUCUCUCCUAUUCCAACGGCCAGAGUGAGUCAUGUUCCUACUCCUAUCGCUUGUUCCUCCGGCUCUCCUCGUCUCAGCCCCAAAGUGGGGAGCAGCUGGGGAACAGGGUUUGUAAUUACCUCUGUUCUGGUAUUUUGUAACUGUUUCUCCUUGGAUGAAUGGAUGAGCUACCCCAAGACAGGGGUCAUACCAGAUUGGGUCUCAUUAAAAUGUCUGAUAAAUGAA